UCAAAACUAGAGAAAAACAAAACCAUGAAAGCAGAAGAGAGGACAGAAAUCAUGAAAACGCUAAAGGCACUGGAUGAGAAGAUCUCUCAGGUGAAAGAUGAGUUGAAGACACUAGCUGCUCCAUCAAAAGUGAAAUCUAAGACUGAGGCUCAGAAAGAACUGUUGGAUGCAGAGAUGGAUUUCCACAAACGUCUGUCCUCCGGUGAAGACACAACAGAAUUGAGAAAAAAGCUGAGUCAGUUACAAGUUGAGGCUGCUCGCUUAGGAAUAUUGCCUGCUGGCCGGGGCAAGUCUGUGUCUACCCAGAUCAGAGGGCGAGGACGAGGUCGUGGUGGAAGGGGUAGAGGGUCAUUAAGUCAUAUGGUUGUGGAUCAUCGACCCAAAACUAUAUCGGUUUCUGGUUUUUAUGAGAAAGAAAAGGAGGAGUUGCUGCAACACUUUGCU